AUGUGGGAGUGCCCUGACUUCUUCCCUGUGGCGGUAGCCGGAGGCAGCCGUAACCACCAGAGUGGUGUGGACACCGUGGAGUUGCACGACCGUGUUGUGGCCAAGGAGGUCAAGUACGUGCUCAUGGUGAGUCUAGAACUGACACAAUACGAUUACUACACAAUUGGCACAUACGACCACGACAAGGAGAGGUACACCCCCGACCACGCCUUCCUGGACAAUGACUACGACCUCCGCUACGACUAUGGUGACUUCUACGCCUCCAAGUCCUUCUUCGACCCGACCAAGAAACGACGUGUUCUCUGGGGCUGGGCCAAUGAGUCUGACACCGUUACCGACGACCACCACAAGGGCUGGGCCGGCAUCCAGGCGAUACCAAGGAAGAUCUUCCUAUCGCGAAGCGGGAGACAGCUGAUCCAAUGGCCAGUGGAGGAGGUCAAGUCGCUGCGCUCAAAGCACGUAAAUGUCAGCAACAAGGCCGUCAAGGGCGGCGAGUACUUCGAGAUCACCGGCUUCAAAUCCGUGCAGUCAGACGUGGAGGCGGCGUUCGCCAUCAGGGACCUGGACAAAGCGGAGAAGUUCGACCUGGCGUGGCGGACCGACGCACAGGGGCUAUGCAAGAAGUUCAACUCGCACGUCAAGGGUUGCGUUGGGCCGUUUGGGCUCUGGCUGCUGGCCUCCAACGACCUCGAGGAGAGGACAGCCGUCUUCUUCAGGGUGUUCAAGACCAACGACACCAAUUACGUCAUCCUCAUGUGUAAUGACCCAACAAGGCCGACCUUCGCCGGCUUUGUCAAUGUCGACAUAGCCAAGACCAAGAAGAUCGCCCUCAGAACAUUGAUUGACCAUUCUGUGGUGGAGAGCUUCGGGGCCGGCGGAAAGACGUGCAUCCUGACAAGGGUUUACCCGAGGAAAGCCAUCGGCGACGACGCGCACCUCUUCGUCUUCAACAACGGUGAGUCGGACAUCAAGGUCACCAACCUGCACGCGCGGAGAUGA